GGAGCCGUAAUCUGUGUCUGUGACAUAACAACAUCGCAGAAUGAAAUCGUGUUAAUGAAAGGUGGUUAUUGAAUGGUUAGAAUGUGUAUGUUGUUGUGUGAAAUAUAAGAGGACUGUUGGUUGGUUGUUAUUCCGAAUGCUUCAAUAUCUAUUUUAUACUGUAAAAGAAAGAUUGAAUUUUAGAUAAUGAUCCAUGAUAAAACAGAUGAUGCUUCCACUCAAGAACAUGUUCCUGCUUACUGUAGGCAUGAUGCUCCUUGUGUUGUAUUUUGUGUGGGCUUCUCAAGGGACAGAAGUUGCUCGAAGAUUUGCUCACCAGGAAAAUGUGUUUGUGUGCCACAUUUCAUUUGAGGACUCCAGAGGUAAACAAACCACAGGCCUCCCAAAAAUAUAUUUUGUUACGCCAACCUAUCCCCGGAGGGAACAGGCUGCCGAGUUGACAAGAUUGGGCCAGACCUUGAUGCAUGUACCUGACAUACACUGGAUUGUUGCAGAUGACAAUCAGUCUUGCAAUGCAAUGGUAGCAAAACUUCUGAAGAAGUUUGGUAUUCCAUUCACUCACAUUUCAAGCCCAAUGCCAGAAGUAUAUCGCAAAGCCAACAUUGUCCCAAGAGGUGUUGCUAAUAGAAGGGCAGCUAUUAACUGGAUACGUAAAAAUGCACAGCAUGGAGUAAUCUACUUUGGUGAUGAUGAUAACACAUUUGACUUGAAGCUGUUUGAAGAGAUUCGUGACACCAAGAAAGUUUCUAUGUUCCCAGUUGGUUUGAUUGGAGAUUAUGCCGUGAGUUCACCCAUCCUGAAGGAGGGAAAGGUCAUCGGUUUCUUUGACUCGUGGCCAUCUAAACGAAAAUUUCCUGUCGAUAUGGCAGGAUUUGCAGUCAAUGUUGAAUUUCUGCUCCAUCCAAAUGCCACAAUGCCAUACAAAGCUGGAUAUGAAGAAGACCAGUUUUUGAGAAGUCUUGGCUUGGCAUUGGAAGACAUAGAGCCAAAGGCUGACUCUUGCACACAGAUUUUGGUGUGGCACACACAGACAUCAAAGAAAGUUUCUCCAACGAUCAGAAUUGGAUCGGAACUUGACACAAGUUUGAAGGACUUGCUUGAAGAAAUUACAGCCUUGGGAAUGGGACACGUAAGUUUAAGCUCUGGUGUGAAGAGUUACAUUACGAAGGAUGGCAAAACAAAACCCCUAAAAUUGUUUCCAUACUGAACUGAACAUGAAAAUUCAGAAUAUUUCUACCAUGUUGUCACUUAAAAUGUAUAAGUGGCACAUAUCUCUGGUCCCGAUUUUUAAGGCAUAAAUGUAGGAAUGUAUGCCAGAUGAAGCUUCUUUCUUGAAGUUGUGCUCAAAAUGAUUGAUACAAGGAAAAACCUGAAGAUGAUGCUACGCAUCGAAACAUGUAGUAAAUGAAGGCGCAGUAUUGUAACAUCGUAGUAACGAUGAAUAGCGCAAAUUUUAAAUUUUAACAUCUGUAAAUAAAGUUUGUGUAUAGACCUGAAUUAUAUUAUAUAUUUUAACAAUCAGUAAGUACACCUCCCACUCUUAAAAUUAAACAUACUUGAGAAAGUGAGUUAUUCUGAGAUUUCCAUCUUAAGUACAGCAAUUUGAACAGGAGGAUUUAUUCUUACAAACUUGCUUAACAUCAGUUUUUAGUAUUUUGUAUACUUUUAGACUUGAAAACCUUCAUUGCAAAACUGGAUUAUUGCAUUGUUGUAACUGCUAUCCUGUUACCGUCAGAAUGCAGGGAGGUUCUAUAAAGAAUGAAUCUCAAAAUCUUAUAUUUAUAAGUUGAGUUAUGAAAAUUUGUUGACAGUGGUGCAGUUGUCAUUUCCAGGACUAUAAAUUUACCAAUUUGUAUUCAACUCCCUGAACUCCAUUUCUCAAAUGUGGUUGGUUGUGUGUCACCCAUGCUUAUAGCCUAGUAUCACACAUGCACAGUGCACAUUGAUGGUGUGAGACUGAACAUCCAAAUAUUAAUGUCUAUCGUGAGAAACACAUCUUAUUAAAGUGCUGAAAAAAUAUAUUUGUUGUAUCUGUUUGACAAAGUGAGAUUACUAGAAAGCCAUAGUUUAUAUUAUUUACCAUGCAUUUUGUAUUUAAUUCAUAGAAUAGUGCUCAAAUAUUAAUGUAGCAUUUCACAAGAGAUUAUUAUCAAAUGUAACUCCAAUUACGGUUGUUUUAUUGGAACUUUGUCUUUGUGUACUUGUUUAGAAUUAUUGAUUGCUUUUUAAAUACUAACCAAAGCAACUUGAUAGAUUUUUUAUAAUAUUUGUAGUGCCAAUAGCAAUACUGUGCACAAUGUUUAAGAAGACAAUUAGGUAUUCAUAUGUUUUUAUUAUACAGCAAUAACCUAACUUUCAGAUAAUAACUGAACACACAUAACCAUUAUGAAUGCACAUUGUAACUUUGUGUAUAUUAAUUUGGGAUUGGAUAAUGUAAAGAAUAUGAAGAGAGAUUUUGUAAAAUUACUGGAUACAGCUAAGUGAAAUUUCAGUUUCUCAUGGUGGUGAGUAUGAAGAUCACUGUUUUCUGGGUUUUUUAUGGUGUAGGCAAUAAGCACCUCUGAAGCAUCAGGAAAUUUCUACCAGCCUACACAGUGCAACAAACCAGAAGACAGUCAUCUUUAUACAGCAUAUGGCUGAUAAACCCUUUGACAGUUUUAUGUCUUACAAAAAUUUCAGAUGUAAGGGUUUAAAAACAGCUAUGAGUUGGUAAAGUUAUUAAUGUUCUUAAUGUCAUGAUUGGCUUCUUGCUGUAGCUAUUUUACUUAAAAGGAAGAAAUGAUAUGUAAAAUACUUGUCUCACUUUUCAUUGCUUAUCCAUUAGACAGUUAAUUGUUACUUGGACUUAAAGUUAUACUGUACAGUGAGGGAAAUUCAACUUAUAAGAAAUGUAGUUAGUUUAACAGUUAAUAUAAUGUUUAAAUUUUUGUAUACGCUAGCUGAAAUACUGAAAUGUCUUCUAAUAAAUUCAACACCAAUUGCUGUUAUAUUACACUGAAUUUUAGCACAUGUUUGUGAAAGCCUGUUUGCCAUUGUCUACAGUGGAAGAUUUUUUAUACCUAGUAGCAAAAACAUUUUAAGGACGUUUCAUGUGUGCUAUAGUUUGAACUGUCAAUAUUAAAUCAUUUCUUUUGUGGUACUAUGUUGCAAUGCAGGAGUUUACCUACAGAAUUAAAUAUGGUAGUUUUAAAAAUGAAAUUUGAAGUUAUUACUGUUAACUACUGCACUUUCAGAUGUCAUGAAGGAGAAGCUAUGUUAGCUAUUAUUUGUCAGAGGCAUAAAGUACAUUUCUGAGGUGGGGUAUUUGACACUGAGAUAUCUUUAUAUUCAUAUUCUUUGUUAAAAUUCAUAAUGUAACAUUCCAGACAAAUUUUUUUGAAUCUCUCCUUUCUCAUUUGAAGGGGAAGUUAUUUUUGCAUGAAGUUAAUUUUGCAUCCUACUGGAAGAGAAAUUUCUGAUUGCAUGGUUUGGGUUUCUGUGAGAACUAGACAGUUCCUCAAACUAUAAUGUAUAUAUAAAAUCGUAAAGCAAGUUAUACUGAUUUUGUGUACAGUUUUGCACAUAUGGAUCUGUAUACUGCAUUCGUCUUGCUAUUGGGAUGAUGCCUCACAGAUACAUCCCAGGCAGGAAUUUUUAUAGGGUGGAGUAAGAUAUGUAAGGAUUUUGAAAGAAGGGACUGGAUGUCAAAUGUUGAAUAUUAACCAACAUUUUCGCAGAAAGUGCAUUUGUUAUCUUCAGGGUGAAUGUGGAGUGAGUUCUGGAGGUCUUAUAUAGGACAAUCAGUAGGUGGCAAGUUAGAUUUGAUGGUGCUGAUUUGUGGAGUGAACGGGUGGACCGCUGUCCAAUUGUUGGCCCAACCCAAAAAGUUGAAGUUACACACUGAAUUCCAGGUGUGAAAACCCAAGGAAAAGAAUGUUACAGCUGUUUAUCACAGUGUCACCAACCUGUGAGUGAUAGCUAGCAGUUAAAUUCUGCAGUGUAUAGUGAAUAAAUAUAAAACUCAAAUUACUUGCUCUCUUCUUCACAAUUAACCGACUGAAUUUAAAUGGAGUUGAAGCAUGGUACAUUUAUCAUAAAAUUGCAGAUUGGUUUUGAUUAGACACAAUAGAAUGGUAUAUUAUCAUUUUAUAACUCUAAUAAUUUAAAGUCAGUGUAAGAUUUUAAUUUUUACAGCUUUGAUCAUACCAGUAAUUCAAUUCAGUUCUUUAUUAUUUAAUUCAAUUCUUUAUUAUUAGUGUGCUAUAUCAACAGCCAGAAGGCCAAUAAUAAUAAUAUACAGACGCUAUUUAUGAAGGUAGUAAACCAUAAAAGAAGUAAAUAAAGUAAUAUUUUGGGAUGAGAAAUUAGAGUGACUGAAAAGAGAUUGACAUUUCAACAUAAUUUUGUUCAAUAACUGCAUAUGUGUGAAUUACACAUAGGUGUGUAUCUUGUGAUAUUAUGUUGUAUUGUUUCACAUUGAGUGUACAGUGAUACCUAUGUGAUACAUUGUUAAACAGGUGAUGCCAGUGGUAACAAUACAGAGGGAGCCAAAGCAAUAUUCAGAAAAUUACUGCUAAGUACACAUUUUGUAUGAAAGUACAGACUUUCAGAACUUCCAGCAUUAUUACUGUUUUAAGAAGUGGUUUUCUUUUCCUCUCUGUUCAUUUUCCCCUUCAAGAUGCAU